UUCUUAAUAUAAUGUUCUGUUAUUGAUUAAAUUGAAGUAUAUAUAUGUUUUUAAAGAUAGUGGCAAUUAAAUAUAGAUAGAUGAACUAGAUAUUAAGCUUAUAAUAAAUAUAUGAAAAUGCUAUUUCUCGUAAUGUUUUGCAAUGUGAUGCCUUGUUGGCUAUGGUAAUUGUUGUUUUAGAAAAAUAUUAAAAGUACAUUUGUUCAUGAAUGCACAUUCAUUACCUACUGUUUUUUGUAAUAUAUUCACAUCAUUUGUUUAAUUUUAUUGUUUCUAUGUAGACAUUGUCUCUUAUUAUAAUAAAAUAUGAAAUUGACUGAAUUUACAUCAAAUUUUUUAAUACAGUUUUAAUUCUCAGUUUGUGAAGUGUGACUUCCAGAUGACAAAAACAUGGAUUCGAGUCAUGCAUUAAGUCUCAACCCUAAAUCUUUCUCUUUGUCUAUCCUGUGUGAUGUAGACUAAAAACAAGUAUUGCUUGUUGGGAGUUCAGAACAUUGCAAACAAUAUAUAAAUGUUUGAAUUAAAACCACAGAUUUAAAUAGUUGCAGGCUGCAAUUGCUACUCUAUGUAUACUGUAUAAGUACCCUAGUUACUUCAUGUCAUUAUACUUUUUAUAUAACAUCGAAAUUUAUUUACAAUACAGAAAUAAGCAAUAUGGCUACAAUUAGUACAAGAGCUAAAUCACCACUCCGUUCUGAUGCAAUUCUUAAAGCUCUCCAGCGAGGGCCAAUUUACGACACAGGAGUUCUUUUAGGUAACUGGGUAGAAGAUAGAAUAGAAUGUCCCAAACGCGGAACAUUGUAUUUUCCACCUAAAGAAGAGAUUAAUUACGAACAACUAAAACCCGAAUCACGACAACCCGAUUUUCGACUAAAUAAAUUAAACAGCUUACAGGGCAAUGUUCAUUCAAUAAUUCGACACGACAGUCACGAUUCGUGCGGCAACUACGCAACCACAACAGACUUGGUAUACAACCAUCUACCAAAGCCUUUGUGUGGACCGCAACAGCGUUAUUACAAGCGUAGUGCUCAUCAAUUCUAUCCCCAACCGGAUUUAUUUAAAUGUUUUGGAAAUGCAACUGAAUGGGGUCUAAGAAAAUAUCUACAACAUGAAUGGAAAUGUACUGAUGUGUCUGAUUACGCUUCCACAUUUUAUGAGGAUACUUAUGUACCUCCACAACCCCAUCAGUAUCUUCAGCGGUGCGAAAGGAGGGCACGCGAUUCGAGCUUUACAAAAGGUUUCCGUUUCAAGAUGACAAAACCGAAAAACGAAACAAAAAAAAAAUGAUAACAUCAAGAAUCAUUAACUCCAUUAUCAGCAAAAUUACUAGUCUUUACAUAUCACAUUUUGUUUAAAACACUCCGUGCACAUGAUUAACGAGUAACAGCUUUUGUAUUAUGUCUUAAAUUUUGUAAUAAUUACGUAUAAAUUGUACGUAUAGAAAAAAAAAUAUGAAAAUAAAACUUAUUCGACAUAAGUAUCACAAAAUCUACACCUUUGUAUUUAACUUUUCCGUCAGAAAUUCACAUAAGCAGAAAGUCUUUAAUAAAGCUCGUCGUCAGAAAACCAUGUACAUCGAAAAAAUAAGGACAGUGACGUCCAUAUAAAAAUUGUAACAAUUGAAUAAUUCUUAAUGUUUUCAUAGCGUCGCCCGGCACCACACGAGAUCAGCAAAUUAUUACUUACGCCUACUUAUAAUACACAACCACUUACAUACUAAUGAAUGUGAUAACUUAACAUUUCUUAAUUAUAAUGGCAGUCAAUGGAACUUUAGUACAAAAAACAUCGUUCAAAGAAUAAAAGAUAAAAUUAGUCAAAAGUUAGUAAGGACUAGCUGUUGAGCAUUAGUUAGAUGUGAACGAAUCUAUUUGAGGCAGCUUUAUAAGUCCGGACCUGCCGGGAAUUUUGAAAUUGUGCUCGGAACUGAAAUUAUUAGAGAAACCCUGAGGGAAUCUCGGCUGAGGUAUUUUUACGUGGUUGUUAUAUUGCAUUGGAGGGAAGACGGGUGUCGAUAAUGGGGCAAAGUUCUGUGAGCUCUGGUAGUUCAUAUUGCAAUUUUGAAAUCUGUCUAAUAGAACCGAAGAUCUAUCGGGUUCGCCGCAUAUGGAUUCCUCUCGAGAAGGAGG